UCUGGUUAACCUGGUUCUGUAGUUCUUUCUCUCUCUCUCUGUGGAACAAAAAGAUGACAAGCCAACCCUCAAAGAACCCGGAGACAAUCUAUGAUCUCACUGUUAAGGAUGCUCAAGGAAAUGAUGUAGAUCUUAGCAUUUACAAGGGAAAAGUUCUGCUCAUCAUCAAUGUUGCUUCCAAAUGUGGACUGACCAACUCAAACUACGCUGAGUUGAAUCAAUUGUAUGAGAAGUAUAAAGAUCAAGGCUUUGAGAUUCUGGCAUUUCCAUGCAACCAAUUUGGUGCGCAAGAACCAGGAACUAAUGAAGAGAUUACUGAAUUUGUCUGCACCAAAUUCAAGUCAGAAUUUCCAAUUUUUGACAAGAUUGAAGUCAAUGGUGACAAUACUGCUCCAGUAUACAAGCUCUUGAAAGCAGGGAAGUGGGGAUUUUUUGGAGAUAAUAUUCAAUGGAACUUUACCAAGUUCCUGGUGGACAAGGAUGGGAAAGCGGCCGAUCGGUAUUACCCCACCACACCUCCACUUGGCCUUGAGCAUGGCAUAAAGAAGCUCUUGGGGGUUGCUUGAAUGUUGAUAUGUGAAGGCACAAUUUAACCUUUUAAAAGUUUAAAUAUGGUUUCAGUUUAUGUAUCUGGUUUGGAGACUGUAAAACUCUCUUGUUGGGGGUUGUGUUGUAAUUUACAUGUUAAAAAUGCAAACCCUCUACUCCUUCCUUGUGUUUGUGUAUCUAAUCUAGCUUUGUCUUGUUGCAAAGAGAUGUUGAACAAGGUCAAUAUAAAUAUGACUUGUGAACUAUUUGAAUUUUAA